AUGGACAUCACGACAAUCCUGAAUCGGAAGAACUCUGCCGCCCUGGUCGCUGCAGAAGCACAAUUCCAUCAACACUUCUCUCAAGUCCCGCAUUUAGAUUCUCAACUCUCCGACAUGAGUUCAGAACACGGCGUUUCACAGCCCGGUGACCACACAGUCAUGGCAUUCCCUCCCACCGCUCCUCCUCUCACGCAGAUGCCCAACAUACAUCAAGGCAUGCGGUUUCCGUCUCCCACACACCCGAAUGCCGCCUUACCGAUGAUGCAAAGCCCGUAUGUCGCCGGGGGCUACCCGCCAAAUCUACAAAUCCCUAAUGGGGCUCCGCCUCCACCAGGAAGAUCCGGGGCAGACCCUCCGCCAAAGACCUUCCAUUGCUCAACCUGCGGCAAAGGAUUUGCUCGCCGGAGUGAUCUCGCUAGGCAUGAGCGGAUACACACAGGGAUCCGGCCUCAUGCUUGCGACUGGCCGGGUUGUGGAAAACAAUUCAUCCAGCGUUCAGCCCUGACAGUGCAUUCGCGUGUUCACACGGGAGAGAAACCCCAUAUGUGCGAGAGAUGUGGCAAGCCAUUUAGUGAUUCAUCAUCACUAGCUAGGCAUCGCAGAAUCCAUUCUGGGAAGCGUCCAUAUAAAUGCCCUUAUGCCAACUGUCAAAAGACAUUUACUCGCCGCACGACAUUGACUCGCCAUCAAAAUCAUCACACAGGGACGAUCGAGGAGGCGGCCGCUCAGACGGAAGCCAGUCUGAGACAGAAUAUCAAACGCGAGAGGACUGACGGCAUCUACUCGGAUACCGCAUCCAUUCACUCGGCUCCAUCUCCCGCGCAGCCCGCCACGAUGUCUCCGGGCAGUGACCUCCCUCCGUUGAACAUGCAUCGCUCCGCUGGGGAUUAUUACAUGGGCAAUGGAUCCAUCCCACCUCAUGUACGAGGUGAUUUCCAGCAGGCGAGCCCGCGGGCUUCUCCGGCGGCCACCUCACCCUCACUAUCGAGCUUCGGUAGUGCGCCACACAACCGACCCUCGAUGACAUCUCAUCCCACUGCCUAUGCGCCGCCGCAGCCUCUGGAGCCGCCUGCAAAUAAUGAUCAUCGUCCCAGCAGUGUCAACGGUAGCCCCCAUAUGACCAGUCUGGGAUGGGCAUCUCCGUCACAUGGAAGCAUUCCAUCUCCAGGAUCGGCAAACGAUUUCACAUAUCCCGAACCCAGUGGACCGUCAUAUCCCAGCUCUAUGCCGCCCCAUAUGUAUUUUCCCAACUCCACCAUCCGUCGUCCAACCAGCACUGAGCCGGAGAACUACGAGAUGAAGCCUAGAAUCAAUGAUGGAUGGGGCACCCCUGUCUAG